GAAGAUGGAGGGGCCUUUGUCUGUGUUCGGAGACCGUAGCACCGGGGAGGCGAUCCGCUCUCAGAACGUUAUGGCUGCAGCUUCUAUUGCCAAUAUUGUGAAAAGUUCUCUUGGUCCAGUUGGCUUGGAUAAAAUGUUAGUGGAUGAUAUUGGUGACGUAACCAUUACUAAUGAUGGUGCAACCAUUCUGAAGUUGCUGGAGGUAGAACAUCCUGCAGCUAAGGUGCUCUGUGAGCUGGCUGAUCUUCAAGACAAAGAAGUCGGAGAUGGAACGACUUCUGUGGUUAUUAUUGCUGCAGAACUUCUAAAAAAUGCAGAUGAAUUAGUCAAACAGAAAAUUCAUCCCACAUCAGUUAUUAGUGGCUAUCGACUUGCUUGCAAGGAAGCAGUGCGUUACAUCAGUGAAAACCUCAUUAUUAACACAGAUGAACUUGGAAGAGAUUGCCUGAUUAAUGCUGCUAAGACAUCUAUGUCUUCUAAAAUCAUUGGAAUAAGUGGCGAUUUCUUCGCUAAUAUGGUGGUGGAUGCUGUACUUGCUAUUAAAUACACAGAUGUAAGAGGCCAACCUCGCUAUCCAAUCAAUUCUGUUAAUGUUCUCAAAGCCCAUGGGAGAAGUCAAAUGGAAAGUCUGCUGAUCAAUGGCUAUGCACUCAACUGUGUGGUGGGAUCACAGGGUAUGCCCAAGAGAAUAGUUAAUGCAAAAAUUGCUUGCCUUGACUUCAGCCUGCAGAAAACAAAAAUGAAGCUUGGUGUACAGGUGCUUAUUACAGACCCUGAAAAAUUGGACCAAAUUAGACAAAGAGAGUCUGAUAUCACAAAGGAGAGAAUUCAGAAGAUCCUGGCAACUGGAGCCAAUGUUAUUCUAAGCACUGGGAGCAUUGAUGAUAUGUGUCUGAAGUAUUUUGUGGAGGCUGGUGCAAUGGCAGUUAGAAGAGUUUUAAAAAAGGAUCUUAAACGCAUUGCUAAAGCUUCAGGAGCAACUGUUCUGUCAACCCUGGCCAAUCUAGAAGGUGAAGAAACGUUCGAAGCUGCAAUGUUGGGACAAGCUGAAGAGGUGGUACAGGAGAGAAUUUGUGAUGAUGAACUGAUUUUAGUCAAAAACACUAAGGCUCGAACAUCUGCAUCUAUUAUCUUACGUGGGGCAAAUGAUUUCAUGUGUGAUGAAAUGGAGCGCUCUUUACAUGAUGCUCUUUGUGUGGUGAAGAGAGUUUUGGAGUCAAAGUCUGUUGUUCCUGGUGGGGGUGCUGUGGAAGCAGCCCUUUCCAUAUACCUCGAAAACUAUGCAACUAGCAUGGGGUCUCGAGAACAGCUUGCCAUUGCGGAGUUUGCAAGAUCCCUUCUUGUGAUUCCCAACACACUCGCAGUGAACGCUGCCCAAGACUCCAUAGAUUUGGUUGCAAAGUUAAGAGCUUUUCACAAUGAGGCUCAAGUGAACCCAGAACGUAAAAACUUAAAAUGGAUUGGUCUUGAUUUGGUCAAUGGCAAACCUCGUGAUAACAAGCAAGCUGGAGUGUUUGAACCAACCAUAGUUAAAGUAAAGAGUUUGAAAUUUGCAACAGAAGCAGCCAUCACCAUUCUUCGGAUUGAUGAUCUUAUUAAACUACACCCAGAAAGUAAAGAUGAUAAACAUGGAAGUUAUGAAGAUGCUGUUCACUCAGGAGCACUUGAUGACUGAUGUGUUUCCUCCUUUAUUUAUAAAAUAAUUGAUGUUAGAUGCAAUUGCCUUGUACUUUGAGUAUUAUUAGUACACAUUAAAAGUAUAACAAGCUGU